AUGUUGAGUAACAAAAUCUCAGAAAUAAGUUUUAUACUUUUCGCCCGCAACGUAGCAGUUGGCGUUAAAAGCUCCCAACGCGACAUCCUAAUAUCAUACCUCAUCAUUUGCUCAAGGAAGCUAUUACCAAAAGCUCGUUCUACGCCGGUGUGGAGUCAAGAGUCCAUUAAAAUCGGCUGUAGAAUGUUGAGUAAAAAUAAAACAUCAAUAACCCGUCUCCGCUCGCUGUAUUCAGGUCGUUAUGCGAGAGCGAUGGCCCAUAAACGUCACUUUGUGUCGAACGACGGUGUACCUGUUUAG